CCUCUGGCGAUUAGAUCUGAAACUCGGAGUGUAGAAACUAACUGAAAGAAUCCCAGGAAAAGAGCAUAAAGUUUUGUUCAGGAAAAUAUAUUGCGCGAAAUGUCGGUUGUGAGUGCCCUGCCUUUCCUAAAACCUAUCCACAUGCGGACUCCGAUCUCGCCUGGUCGCCAGCGCCGGCACACUCUACCUGCCAGCGAGUUCCGCUCCCUCAGCCCGGAGGAUGCUAUCAGCGUGUUCGAAAUCGAGAGGGAAGCUUUCAUUUCUGUGUCAGGAGAGUGCCCGCUUCACCUCGAUGAAGUUCGUCAUUUCCUUACCCUCUGCCCUGAGCUGUCUCUGGGCUGGUUCGAGGAAGGACGGCUGGUGGCCUUCAUCAUUGGGUCACUGUGGGACCAGGAGAAGUUAACCAUGGAUGCACUGACCCUGCACAAGCCCCACGGCACCACGGUGCACAUCCAUGUCCUGGCGGUUCACCGCACCUUCCGGCAGCAGGGUAAGGGCUCCAUCCUGAUGUGGCGCUACCUGCAGUACCUGCGCUGCCUGCCCUACGUGCGCCGUGCCGUGCUCAUGUGCGAGGACUUCCUGGUGCCCUUCUACCAAAAAUCCGGCUUCAAGGUGCUGGGCCCCUCCGAGAUCACCGUGGGGCCCCUCACCUUCAUUGAGAUGCAGUAUCCUGUGAGGGGCCACGCUUUCAUGCGCCGCAACAGCGGUUGUUGA